CCUGGUCCGACCGUUUCGAUUUUAAAGUUAGAUUUUAAAGCGGCUUUGAGAAGUGAAACUGCGAAUAAGAAGGCCAUUUGUCAUGGCUACAAGGGACUUGCUCGUCGGAGCAAUAGACUUCGGCACAACAUAUUCUGGCUGGGCUUUCUCCUUACUGCAUGAUUUUCAGGUGGAUCCUGCUAAAGCGUCUGUCAAGCAAUGGCACUCAGGAUCUGGAACUCUAGUGACAGAAAAAGCACCCACGUGUUUGUUGAUAAAGUCCGAUGGAAAGACCCUCGAAGCUUUUGGAUAUGAUGCUGAAAACCAAUACAGGGAGCUUGCAGACAAUGAAAUGCACGAGGAGUACUAUUAUUUCAGAAGAUUUAAAAUGGCGCUAAAUAAAAAGCUUGGUGAGAAACUGGACCGUGGCAUGACAAUAGAAGAUGAGAUGGGAAAGUCGAUGGUUGCCAUAAACGUUUUUGCCAUGACAAUCGAUUAUCUGGUAGGAGAUAUUAUGAAGAGUGUAAACAAUAAACUAACCUCCGCUCUCGAGAAAGAUGAAGUCCACUGGGUACUGACUGUCCCAGCAAUAUGGACAGAUGGUGCCAAACAAUUUAUGAGAGAAGCCGCGGUGCAGGCUGGACUUGUAACAAACAAAUUGACGAUUGCACUUGAACCAGAAACAGCAUCGAUAUUCUGUCGCCACUUAUCGGUUCACACAGCCAUUUCUGGUGGAAACACUUCAAUAGCGAAGAUGCCUGUUGGAUGUAGAUACAUGGUUCUCGAUGCAGGAGGUGGAACGAUAGACAUAACGGUACACGAGGUUGUCAGUGAGAACAGCGUUAAAGAAAUCCAAUCAGCAAGCGGUGGUGGGUGGGGAGGCAUGCUUGUUGACAAAGCUUUCGAAAAUCUGCUUAUUGAUCUGGCUGGACCUGAGGUUUAUGAUACCUUUAAACGAACGGAAACGGAAGACUGGCUUGACCUAUGGCGUGAUUUCGAAGUAAAGAAGCGGUCAGUUGCACCGGAUAAAAAUGCUCGCAUAAAUAUGAAAUUCCCAAUAUCGUUCGGACGCAUCUUUGAAAGAUGCACUAAAGGAAAACUGCUGGGUGCCAUUGAAGCUUCCAAAUACGCUGAUGACAUUCAGUUUGGUGAAGACAAAAUCAAAUUUUCAGCCAAUCUGUUCAAGAGUCUUUUCGAAUGUUCUAUUAAAAAAGUCAUUAGUCAUGUGUCAACUCUACUUCGAGAUGAAAACGUGAGCAAGAUAAAAACAAUAUUGAUGGUAGGUGGUUAUUCAGAGUCUACCAUGCUUCAACACUCAAUUAGGAGCGAGUUCUCCGGCAUAAAUGUUGUGAUACCAAUUGGUGCUUCUUCCACUGUUAUGAGAGGAGCUCUUGUUUAUGGACAUAGUCCAAUAUCUAUAAGAGAGCGAGUGUUGAAGUAUACGUACGGUGUUGGAUGUCGAUUACAGUUCAAGGAAGGUGUUGAUCCUGAACACUUAAAAGUUACGACCGACAACGGUAUAGAGUGUAAAGCUUUUAACAGUCAUGUUCAGAAAGGUCAGUCAGUCAAAUGUAAUGAGCCCCAAGUUAAAAAAAGAUAUACUACAAAUAAAACAUUCCAAAAACGUAUGCAUUUUAAAAUCUUUGCUACAGAGUUGCCUAACACCAGAUAUAGAAGUGAAUGCUUUCAAAUUGGCGAACUGAGACUUAACCUUCCGAAACCCGACGAACAGAUUGGAAGAGGGGUUUUUGUUUCUAUGACAUUCAGUGGUACGGAAAUUAUCGUUAAUGCAGUUGAUGAGAAAACUGGAAUGGAUACAAAUGCUUACAUAAACUUUUUUGGAUAGAGAAAGAAACAUUUCCUUUUGUUGAAGGAUGAAUCUUUAUUACCAUAAUUUAAUAAUGUUAUUUUUUUUCAAAAUGAUCAUACUUUACGAAUACUCUCUUUUUGCUCAUGUAAAUGAUCUAAUAAAUUAUUUCAAUGUAUUUGGUAAAACAAUGUCAACAUACCUAAAUUAAUAUAAAAGAAGGAAAUCAAUCAAUGACUGAAUCCAGAAAAACGCAGAUCGACUUUCAUUAUUCUCGUAUCUAAAGACACAGUCUCGUUUAAAGCAACUAUUUUACCGUUGGUGAUCUAAAGUAACGGUUUGUGACAGGUGAUUAUGAAGCAUAUAAUUUAUGUAUAGAAGUUCACCCAUUUCAUAAGGUUUGUUGUAUGGAACCUAUAAAAAAAAUUCAAAAUUAUUUUUUUAAAUGUAGUGACUCCUUGGUAAAAAUAUAUGUCACAUUGAAGCUCAAAGACAUUGUUUUUCUGCAAAAAAAUCGGUCCAUGUCUGUGGACAUUUUGUUUUGACAUUCGACGCUUAAUUUGAUAGUGCUGUUAACAGAAUAUAUUUGAAGACUGUUAGAACCAUAUUAAAAAGUACUUUAAAAUAGAGUGAAAUAGAAACCCUAAAGAAAGUUCAAAGUAGCAAAAUUGA